AUGAGCAUCCAUGGUGUCCCCCUCGGGCCUUACUUGGGACAGGACAGCACCACUACCCACAUUGCUGGCACCUGUGUAAAGCAAAAAGGCAAGAACUCAUCAAGUAAUGACUUGUCUUGUAAAUUGGGUAGACAGUUUCAUCUGAACGGUCUGCAUAUGCCUGGUGAUUUGAUUCUGGGUGGACUGUUUGAAGUUCACUUCACCUCAGUCUUCCCUGAGCUAACGUUUACCUCUGAGCCAACUAAGAUCACCUGUCAGGGGUUUGACCCUUCAGCCUUCAGGCAUGCCAUGACCAUGGCUUUUGCUAUCCAUGAGAUCAACGAAAAUCCCAACUUGCUGCCCAAUUUGACUUUGGGUUACAGUCUUUAUGACAACUGUGCUACACUUGUGGUUGGAUUCAGUGCUGCUAUGUCACUUUUCAACGGUCAAGAUGAGGAAUUCUUGCUUCAGGAAAACUGUUCAGGCAGACCUCCAGUUCUGGGGAUAGUGGGCGACACCUUCUCCACAUUUACAAUUGCCACAUCUGAUGUAAUAAGUUUAUUCAGAUUACCAAUUGUAAGUUACUAUGCAACAUGUCUGUGCCUCAGUGACCGCAGGAGAUUUCCAUCUUUCUUUAGAACAAUACCAAGUGAUGGUUUCCAGGUUCAUGCCAUGUUACAGAUUUUGAAGCGUUUUGGCUGGACAUGGGUAGGGCUGUUGAUCAGUGAUGAUGAUUAUGGACACCACGUAGCCCAGUCCUUCCAGUCUGAGUUACAUCAUUCUAUUGGAGGUUGUUUGGCCUAUUUAGAGAUGCUGCCCUGGGGAGAACAUCCAGUCGAGGUGAAAAGGAUUGUGGGAUUGAUGAAGAAAUCAACAGCUCGUGUUGUCAUUGUUUUUGCUCAUCAAAUACACAUGAUUCAGCUUAUGGAAGAGGUGGUGAAUCAGAAUGCUACAGGUCUGCAGUGGAUGGCCAGUGAAGCCUGGACAUCAGCAAAUGUGCUUCAAACACCUCGAUUCAUGCCAUACCUAAGAGGUACGUUGGGUAUCGCCAUCCGUCGAGGAGAAAUUCCUGGACUCAGAGACUUUCUCCUACAAAUACGUCCACAUGGCACAAUUGACAGUGAAAACAGCAUGGUUAAGCAGUUCUGGGAGCAUACAUUUCAGUGUCGAUUUGCACCACCUCCAGUAGAAUGGAUGGAAGCUGGUGGGGCCCUGUGCACUGGAGAAGAAGAUCUACAGACUGUAGAGACAGCGUUUCUGGAUGUCUCAAAUCUUAGACCUGAGUAUAAUAUUUACAAAGCUGUGUAUGCACUGGUGUAUGCUCUUGAUGAGAUGCUGCAGUGUGAGCCAGGAAGAGGACCUUUCAGUGAACACGGCUGUGCUUCUUUACAACAAUUGGAGCCUUGGCAGCUUAUGUAUUACUUGGAAAAGGUCAACUUCACAACUUCUUUUGGUGACCAAGUGUCUUUUGACAAAAAUGGUGAUGCUUUACCAAUAUAUGAUGUCAUGAACUGGGUGUGGCUCCCUGAUGGAAAAAUAGAAGUUAGGAAUGUAGGGGUUGUCAAGAAGACAACCCUGAAUACAGAAGAACUUACAAUCAAUGAAGAAAAGAUAUUCUGGAAUUUCAAGGAGCUGCCACAGUCAGUGUGCAGUGAAAGCUGUCCUCCAGGUACCCGUAUGGUGAGAAGGAAGGGGCAACCUUUGUGCUGUUUUGAUUGUGUCCCAUGUUCUGAAGGAAAAAUCAGCAAUCAGACAGACUCUGUUGAGUGCCUCACUUGUCCAGAAGACUUUUGGUCCAGCAGACAAAAUGACCACUGUGUUCCUAAGAAAAUAGAGUUCCUCUCCUACCAUGAGCCUCUUGGUAUAUGCUUGACAGCUGCCUCAUUGCUGGGCACAUUCAUCUGCAGCAUUGUUUUUGCCAUCUUCACUUAUCACCGCAGCACACCUGUAGUGCGUGCCAACAAUUCUGAACUGAGCUUCCUCAUUUUGGUGUCGCUGAAGUUAUGUUUUCUGUGUUCCCUACUGUUCAUUGGACAACCCCAACUGUGGACAUGCCAGCUUAGACAUGCAGUGUUUGGGAUCAGCUUUGUGCUGUGUGUCUCAUGUAUCCUGGUUAAAACCAUGGUAGUUCUGGCUGUGUUCAAGUCGUCAAAGCCAGGAGGCGGAGCCAACCUCAAAUGGUUUGGUAGUGUUCAGCAGAGAGGAACGGUUUUAGGUCUCACUUGUGUUCAGGCAAUAGUUUGCACUGUUUGGAUCAUCUCUGCCUCACCAACUCCUUAUGCAAACACUAGAUAUCACAACGACAAGAUCAUUUAUGAGUGUGUUGUUGGGUCCACAAUUGGUUUUGCAGUCCUACUGGGCUACAUAAGCCUACUGGCUAUCAUAAGUUUUCUGCUUGCAUUUCUGGCUAGGAAUCUUCCAGACAACUUCAAUGAAGCCAAAUUCAUCACUUUUAGUAUGCUGAUAUUUUGUGCUGUGUGGGUGGCCUUUGUUCCUGCCUAUGUUAACUCUCCAGGAAAAUACGCUGAUGCAGUGGAGGUGUUUGCUAUUUUGGCCUCCAGUUUUGGCCUCCUGGUGGCGCUGUUUGGACCUAAAUGCUACAUUAUCCUACUGAAGCCAGAAAAGAAUACACGGAAGGCUAUAAUGGGCAGAGACAUAAAAAGGUAG